CCUGGUACCUGGGAGCCUGGGGGCCUGGGAGCUUGGGAGCUUGUUAGGCUGGGGGCCUGGGAGCUUGGGAGCUUGUUAGGCUGGGGGCCUGGGAGCCUGGGAGUUUGGGAACCUGGAAGCCUGGGAGCUUGGGAGCCUGGGGGCCUGGGA